UUCCCUAGCCCCCAUUGUGAUCCUCCGGCUCACACACUUUACUAGACUUCGCAGGAGUUGGAGGAGCCAGCGAUUCACAAUACCACGACACCGGUGAAAGAAACACUUUAACUCGUUUACGAGGGGAUCUGUGUUGCCUGAAGGAUUUCACCGAAAGAUGUGUUGCGCGCCUCGACGCUCAGAAAAAGUUAUAAUACUGGAAGACGUGUAUUUCGGAAGAAAGUUGAGAAGUACUUUCCCCUGAAGUUGUUUUCUCACCAUCGCCGCAAAACAGCGAGUUUCCAGCCAGGGCUUCCACUUCUCAGCCCACCCGAGCCAUCAUGGCGAGGCGGCUUGUGGAUAGACCCCGGCUUGUAAGCUUUACCACUUGCACGUAUUUUCGGAAUAAUCAAUUUGGACUACAUCGGGACUUCAUGGCUAUUUGGUGGAGCGUUGUCGCAAUUCUUGCAGUUAUCUGCUGUGGAUAUUGUAAAGCCGAGACGGAGUUUUCUAUCAUGGAAGAAGCACAAGUUUUAGCGGAUCAAAUGAAAAAGCUGUCCUCGCAAGAGCUUGGAGUUUUUACCAUGCAGAGGAUUUUCAGCUCCUUUGUGUACACCGAGAAGACAUCAAAUGGAGAGACAGAAGUGCAGCAGCUCGCCAAGAAGAUCCGGGAGAAAUUCAACCGCUACUUGGACGUAGUUAACAGGAACAAGCAGGUGGUGGAGGCGUCGUACACGGCCCACCUCACCUCCCCGCUCACCGCCAUCCAGGAUUGCUGCUCCAUCCCAGCCUCCAUGAUGGACUUUGAUGGCAACUUCAACACAAACGUCUCAAAGACCAUCUGCUGUGACCGGCUAUCUCCUACCGUCAACAGCAGAGCCUUCAACCCUGGCCGAGAUCUCAACUCAGUAUUGGCAGAUAACCUCAAGUCCAACCCGGGGAUAAAGUGGCAGUACUUCAGCUCAGAGGAAGGAAUCUUCACCGUCUUCCCGGCUCACAAGUUCCAAUGCAAAGGAAGCUAUGAGCAUCGCAGCAGGCCGGUGUAUGUGUCGGCCGUCCGUCCGCAGUCCAAGCACCUUGUGAUCAUGGUGGACCACGGGGCGUUGGUCACUGACACACAGCUGCAGAUUGCCAGGGACUCAGCGCUGGUCAUCCUCAAUGCUGUGGAUGAGCACGACAAGGUCUCGGUCCUCUCCGUGGCGGACGGCGUGCGUUCCUGCUCCCUGGACCAGUGCUACAGGAGCCUGCUGUCGCCGGCCACCAGCGAGACCAAGCGGAAGAUGAGCACCUUCAUCUCAAACAUCAAGGCGUCGGAGGGCGCCACGCAGCACGCGGCAGGCUUCCAGAAGGCCUUCCAGCUCCUCCGCAAUACCACCACCACGCUGGGCAGACACGCCCCCAGUAAGACCAGCCGCCACUGGGGGACGGAGGAUGGGUUUGCCGGGCGAUGGGCCACGGACAUGGUCAUCCUCUACCUGUCCUCGGGUGUCACCACGCGGGAGACCUCUGAGCAGGAGAAGCGUGCUACGCUCAGCGUGGUCCGUGAGGAGAACCGAUACCUCAACAACUCUGUCAUGAUCCUCACCUACGCCCUCAUGAACGAGGGUGUGACAGAGCUGAAGGAGCUGGCCUUCCUCAGGGACUUGGCAGAGCAGAACUCCAUCAAAUACGGCGUGGACCGCGGGGUGGAUCGAGAACGCGACCGGGAGCGCGACCGGGACCGCUCCUCCUCCUCGGCGCUGCCGGUGGUGAAGGGCAGCAUGAUGGUCCUGAAUCAGCUUAGCAACCUGGAGACUUCCGUGGGCCGUUUCUACAUCAACCUGCCGAACCGCAUGAUAGACCUGGCCCGCUUCAGCCUGCCCUACGCCGACCCCAUGGGAGACGGGUUCAUCAUGACCGUGAGCCGUCCGUGCUACUUUGGUAACCUGCUUCUAGGUGUGGUGGGGGUUGACGUAAACCUAGCCUACAUCCUGGAGGACGUCACCUACUACCAGGACUCCCUGGCUUCCUACACCUUCCUCAUCGACGACAAAGGCUACACCCUGAUGCACCCGUCCCUGGCGCGCCCCUACCUGAUGUCUGAGCCUCCGCUGCACACAGACAUCAUCCACUAUGAGAAUAUCCCGGGCUUCCACACUGUGCGGCAAAACAUCCUCAGCUUGCCUCUGGGUAGUCAGGUGAUCGCGGUGCCAGUCAAUUCCUCGCUGUCCUGGCACACCAGCCGGCUCCGGAACCCCAGGAAGGAGGCCUACAACGUCAGCUACGCAUGGAAAUUGGUGCAGGACACGUCGUUCAUCCUGUGCAUCGUGUACGUUCAGCCAGAGAUCCCCGUCAAGCAGCUGAAGAACCUGAACACGGCCCCCAGCUCCAAGCUGCUCUACCACCGGCUCGACCUGCUGGGCCAGCCCAGCUCCUGCCUGCACUUCAGACAGCUGGCCACCGUUGAGUCUCCUACUGUGAUGCUGGCGGCAGGCAGCUUUUCGUCCCCAUACGAGCACCUGAGUCAGUCGGAGACCAAGCGCAUGGUGGAGCACUACACGGCCUACCUGAGCGACAACACCCGCCUCAUAGCGAACCCGGGCCUCAAGUCAUCUGUCAGGAACGAGGUGAUGGCGACCAGUCACGUUACCGACGAGUGGAUGACGCUAAUGGAGAUGAGCAGCCUCAACUGCUACAUUGUGAGGCGUUACAUAGCAACACCCAACGGUGUGCUGCGGAUUUUCCCUGGGUCCCUGAUGGACAAAGCCUUCGACCCCGCUCGGCGACAAUGGUACCAGCACGCCGUGGCCAACCCAGGCCUGAUCACCUUCACAGGGCCCUACCUGGAUGUGGGCGGAGCCGGCUACGUGGUCACCAUCAGUCACACCAUACACACCUCCAGCUCCAACAUGGCGUCUGGCUACGCGGUGGCGGUGAUGGGCAUAGACUUCACCCUGCGCUACUUCUACAAGGUCCUGCUGGACCUGCUGCCCAUCUGCAACCAGGACAACGGAAACAAGAUCAGGUGCUUCAUCAUGGAGGAUCGCGGAUACCUGGUGGCCCACCCCACCCUUAUUGACCCUAAAGGUCAUGCUCCGGCCGAGCAACAGCACAUCACUCACAAGGAGCCGCUGGUGGCUAAUGACAUCCUCAACCAUCCCAACUUCGUCAAGAAAAACCUGUGUAACAGCUUCAGCGACCGCACCGUGCAGCGCUUCUACAAGUUCAACACCAGCAUCGUGGGUGACUUGACCAACUUGGUCCACGGCAGCCAUUGUUCAAAGUACCGGCUGACCAGAAUCCCCGGCACCAACGCCUUUGCCGGCAUCGUCAACGAGACCUGUGACUCGCUGGCCUUCUGCGCCUGCAGCACGGUGGACCGGCUCUGUCUCAACUGCCACAGGAUGGAGCAGAAUGAAUGUGAGUGUCCAUGUGAAUGCCCCCUGGAGGUCAACGAGUGUACCGGCAACCUCACCUUUGCUGAAAACAGGAACCCCAGCUGUGAGCUGACACAGGAGCCCCUCAGCAUGAGUGGGAUCGACCCCGGUCUCCAUGACAGCCUCCCCCAGUGCAUUAACACCCGCUGUGGCCAGAGAUACACUAGCAGCGAUUGUUUCGGAGUGUUGGACUGCGAGUGGUGCACGGUGGAUAGCGACGGAAAGACCCACCUGGACAAGCCCUACUGCGCCCUGCAGAAGGAGUGCUUCGGGGGCAUCGUCGGGGCCAAGAGUCCCUACGUGGACAGCCUGGGGCUCAUGGACGAGGAGGUGAGCUCUCUGAACAUGAUAAAGAGUGCCCCGGUGGGGCCGGUGGCAGGCGGUAUCAUGGGCUGCAUCAUGGUGCUGGUCCUGGCCGUCUAUGGCUACCGCCAUCAGAUCCAUCGGCGGUCCCACCAGCAUAUGUCGCCGCUUGCCGCCCAAGAAAUGUCUGUGAGAAUGUCCAACCUAGACAACGAGAGAGAUGAGCGCGACGAGGACAGCCAUGAAGAUCGAGGAAUCAUCAGCAACACGCGGUUCAUGGCGGCGGUCAUCGAGAGACACACACACAGCCCGGAGCGCAGACGGAGGUACUGGGGCCGCUCCGGGACGGAGAGUGACCAUGGUUACAGCACCAUGAGCCCCCAGGAGGACAGCGAGAACCCGCCUGGCAACAACGAUCCGCUGUCUGCCGGCGUGGACGUGGGUAACCACGACGACGACAUGGACCUGGACACACCCCCGCAGACGGCGGCGCUGCUCAGCCACAAGUUCCACCCGUACCGCCACUCACACACGCACCACCACCCGCUCCACACGCACACACAUCACAUGCAGGCCGCCGUCACAGUGCACAGCGUGGACGCUGAGUGCUGAUCCACCCCUCCUCGCUCAGAGACAAACGGCUGAAACAUAAUUUUUUUUUUUUAAUCAAAGACUUGCGUCCGCUCGUGACUAGAUGGCACACAGUGCGCACAAGGAUAACGACACGUUGGAUCAGAAGAUGACCUGAGACAAUGGGGCGUACGUUGAAGCGGGAAAAUUAAACCCUGCAACUUGCGGACUGUUGAGACUGUCGAGAGACACAUUGAUUCCAAGUUCAACUGAGCCGGGGUCAUUUUGUUUCUUCUUCUUAGUGAAUUUUUUCCCCCAUCAGAGUUCAUUAAAGAUCGGGCCGGACAAUGGAGUUCCACAUGAGUGUCUAUGGCUGGGGUUGCCUCAAAUGACAGCUGGAGCUUGACAUGGAUAAGGUUGAAAUGGUUAAUGGCGGUAUUACACUGGGUCAUGGUGAAAGUUAAACAGGAUCGAGCAAAGUUAUUGGCCUGAGAAGGACCAGCGACACAUGACCAUAAUGUUACUUACCAGUAUUGAUAAGAUUCACAUCUCUGCAUUUCGCUCUGUGAGCAGUUUCAAACCACAAACCCCCUUUUAGAGGGAGAUUUUUUUAAUGUAACAUUUCCCACCCGAGCCUGGAAAACGGCUGUCUGUUUAUGGAUGUACCAUUAAAGCAUCUAGCUUGACUACAUAACAUUUGACAUACAAACCUUGACAGAACAGAAAAAAUAUUUUUUUACUAGUAUUUAUUGAAGAGGUGGGUUGUGCGUGGAACCAACGAGUGGUUGCCACGGUGACCCAGGUCUUUGCUCAUGGGCUGAUAACCCUCCCUCAACAUGCACAGACUCUUGGUCCUUGUAUUCCAUGUUCCAGUGGAUAACCCUACGGCCCAACCAAACGGGUAUUCCGCUCUACGGUCCGGACCUGGGAACUCUUUGACGACAAGAAUGACGGAGUGCUGUGGGAAAGUUCUUCCAAGACGGGAACCACUCUGUCCUUUAUUUUGACCUAAUUACAAAGAAAAUCUAAAAGUCAAAAAAUGAUGAGGAAGAGCCUGUCUCGGCAGAGGCCCACGUUACAAAAGCCUGUGUAUUUCGGGGACACUGAAUAUGGAUUCAAACCAGUUACAUUCCAAUUGGG